AUGACGGACCAACAGCGCGAUGUAUCGCAGUAUAAAUAUGCGGCGAUGUCCAACCUGGUUCUCCAGGCGGAUCGUAGAUUCGUUACUCGCCGCAACGAUGAGGUGACAGGAGAUCCAGAAUCACUUGCGGGGCAAAUCAGCAUUCGGGAUAUGGGGUCGCGAACUGCACGCGAGGACGCGCCGAAACAGAAGAAGAAAGCUUCGGGCCUUCCAGAUGUUGAGAGAGGAGGUUAUCGCGAAGGCGAGGAUGUCUUGGAACGAGAACAGCGCAAACGCAAGCGUGGAGAGCCAGCACAACUUCGAGGAAGUGGAAUAUUGUCGGCAGCAGAUGCAUUGGUUGAGGGAAUUCGGUACAGACCUAGGACUUCGGCGACGCGAGCAACUUACGAUCUUAUUUUAACUACAGUAGCUAAUAAUCUCGGAGACGUUCCCCAUGAAGUUGUUCGAAGCGCCACGGAUGCUGUGUUGGAGUAUUUAAAAGACGACGACAUGAAAGAUUUUGACAAGAAGAAGGAAAUUGAUGAUCUACUAGGCGCCAGUAUGAAUCCGAAACAGUUCAACGAGCUCGUGAACCUAGGCAAAAAAAUUACAGAUUACGACGCGCAGGAUGAAGACGAAGAAAUGGCAGAUGGAGACAACAGCGGCGAAAAUGGCGCGGAAAUAGAUGACCGCCAGGGAGUAGCGGUUGUAUUCGACGACAAUUCCGACGACGAGGGUGAUGAAGUGCUUAAUGAAAUUCGAGAAGAGUCGUCCGAAGACGAGGAUGAUGCACAAGAUCGUCCUGGUGACGAGGAAGUCGCUAUGGCUGGUGGUGCCGGAGUCGAUAGAGAUGAAGAACCCCAGGAAAUACCCGAAGAGGAAGCAAUAAUUAUGGACUCUGGUUCCGUGCAGAAUGCUGACUCAGCUAAAGACAAGAAAGAUUUCAUACCAGCUCGUGAAAUUGAUGCAUAUUGGUUGCAACGACAGAUUGGCUCAGUUUACACGGAUGCUCAUGUACAGCAAGUUAAAACGCAGGAAGUUCUGCAUACACUUUCUGGAGCACCCGCUGAAGAAGGUGGCGAUGAGAGGCCUCUUAGAGAAAUCGAAAAUGAUCUCGCAGAACUGUUUGACUACGAGCAUCACGAGCUGGUACAUAAGCUGAUCGCGAACCGGGAUAAAAUAGUCUGGCUUACGCGUUUAGCUCGAGCUGAAGAUGCUGAAGCUCGAGGUGUUGUUGAGCGUGAGAUUGCUUCCGAGGGACUACGAUGGAUUUUGGACGAGCUUCGUGGAGUUGCUCCAGGAGAUGGAUCAAAGAAACGGAAACUGGAAAUUAAAAUGGACAUCGACGUUCCAGCUGAAUACAUCAAUGGCGGCACGAAGAAUGAGGAAAAGGACAAAGAUGGUUUGGUUGGUGGACUGCAACCACGAAAGCUCAUCAACCUUGAAAAUCUCGUCUUUGACCAAGGCAAUCAUUUGAUGACGAACCCUAAGGUCAAAUUGCCCGAGGGGUCUACCAAGCGAACGUUUAAAGGAUACGAAGAGAUUCACGUGCCACCUCCCAAGAAACGCAACGACCCUUCCGAUCGUGAUAUUCCGGUUACGGAAAUGCCUGAAUGGGCACGGGUGCCGUUCUCAUCUACAGUGAAGCUCAACAAGAUUCAAUCUCAGUGCUUCCCGACAGCUUUUGAGGAUGAUGGUAACAUGCUCAUUUGCGCGCCCACUGGAAGUGGUAAGACCAAUGUUGGAAUGUUGACUAUAUUACGAGAAAUCGGUAAAAACCGCAACCCAGAGACUGGAGAAAUCAAUCUGGACGCAUUUAAAAUAGUUUACAUUGCACCUCUCAAAGCCUUAGUUCAAGAACAAGUUGGAAAUUUUGGUGCUAGACUGAAGCCAUAUGGUAUCAAGGUUUCCGAAUUGACUGGAGAUCGUCAGCUCACGAAGCAACAAAUUGCCGAUACCCAAAUCAUUGUGACGACCCCUGAAAAAUGGGAUGUCAUCACUAGAAAAGCUACUGAUCUGAGUUACACCAAUCUUGUCCGUCUCAUCAUUAUUGACGAGAUCCAUCUUUUGCACGAUGACCGUGGACCAGUUCUAGAAAGCAUUGUGAGUCGGACGAUUAGAAAGAUGGAGCAGACGGGCGAUCCUGUUCGUCUGGUCGGUCUUUCAGCCACAUUGCCAAAUUACCGUGAUGUCGCAAGCUUUCUUCGCGUCGACCCUCUCAAAGGGAUGUUCCAUUUUGAUGGAUCAUACCGUCCUUGUCCGCUUCGCCAGGAAUUUGUUGGCAUAACAGAAAAAAAGGCCAUCAAACAACUAAAGACAAUGAAUGACGUGACUUAUACCAAGGUUUUGGAGCACGUAGGCAAGAAUCGAAACCAGAUGAUUAUUUUUGUGCACUCUCGUAAGGAGACAGCAAAAACAGCUAGAUACAUUCGAGACAAAGCCCUGGAAAUGGAGACGAUUGGACAAAUAUUGCGGAGUGAUGUGUCGGGAACUCGAGAAACUCUUAGUUCCGAGGCUGAGGAGGUUAGCGAUCGGGAGCUUAAGGAUUUGUUACCAUACGGUUUCGGGAUCCAUCAUGCUGGUAUGAACAGGCCUGAUCGAACAUCUGUCGAGGAACUCUUUCAUGAAGGUCUAAUUCAAGUCCUUGUAUGCACUGCUACAUUGGCAUGGGGUGUCAACCUACCAGCGCACACUGUCAUUAUUAAAGGUACUCAAGUCUAUUCCCCGGAAAAAGGCAGCUGGGUGGAACUCAGUCCCCAAGAUGUACUUCAAAUGCUUGGACGUGCUGGUCGACCGCAGUACGACACUUACGGGGAAGGUAUCAUCAUCACCACGCAGAACGAAAUGCAGUAUUAUCUGUCACUCCUGAAUCAACAAUUGCCGAUCGAGAGUCAGUUUGUUAGCAGAUUGGUAGACAACCUAAAUGCAGAGGUUGUUCUUGGCAAUGUCCGUAGUCGAGACGAAGGUGUCGAGUGGUUAGGAUACACCUAUUUAUUCGUCCGAAUGCUUCGAUCACCUGGAUUGUAUAGCGUAGGAGCCGAUUAUGAAGAUGACAGUGCACUUGAGCAAAAACGAGUUGAUUUAAUUCAUUCUGCUGCUAUGGUUCUGGAGAAGUCUAACCUUAUCAAAUACGACAAGAAGACUGGCAAACUACAAGCGACCGAGCUUGGCAGAAUUGCUUCUCAUUAUUACAUUACACACGGCUCCAUGUUGACUUAUAAUCACCACCUCCAACCAUCGAUCACACCAAUUGAGCUCUUCCGCGUAUUUGCGUUGAGCGACGAGUUCAAGUACAUCCCAGUUCGCCAAGAGGAAAAGUUGGAACUGGCCAAACUUUUGGGACGUGUGCCAAUUCCCGUAAAAGAGAGUGUUGAGGAACCCCAUGCCAAAAUAAAUGUACUGCUACAAGCUUAUGUUUCGAGAUUGAAACUGGACGGACUUGCGUUAAUGGCAGAUUUGGUCUACGUCACUCAAUCAGCUGGAAGAAUCUUGCGUGCUAUCUUCGAAAUCACUCUCAAAAAGGGCUGGUCAUCGGUAGCUAAGACAGCUUUGGAACUUUGCAAAAUGGCAGAGAAGCGUAUGUGGCCCACUAUGUCACCUCUUCGACAAUUCCCCGGAUGUCCCCGGGACAUCGUACAAAAAGCCGAAAGAAUUGACGUCUCAUGGGCCAACUACUUCGAUCUUGAUCCACCACGUAUGGGCGAAUUGCUAGGCCUUCCGAAAGCUGGCCGAACUGUCUGCAACCUCGUUGCAAAAUUUCCCCGAUUAGAACUUCAGGCACAAGUACAGCCAAUGACGAGAUCAAUGUUGAGGGUGGAAUUAACCAUCACGCCCAAGUUUGAGUGGGAUGAAGAAAUUCAUGGCGCUGCGGAAAGCUUUUGGAUCAUAGCCGAAGAUUGUGACGGCGAGGACAUACUUUUCCAUGAUCAAUUUAUCCUUCGUAAAGAUUUUGCUCAAUCCGAGAUGAAUGAGCAUCUUGUCGAAUUCACGGUCCCCAUCACAGAACCCAUGCCGCCACAUUAUUUUAUCACCGUCAUCUCGGAUCGAUGGAUGAAUUGUGAGACCAAGCUUGCAGUCUCGUUCCAGAAACUCAUCUUACCUGAGAAAUUUCCACCUCAUACACCAUUGUUGGAUUUGCAGCCUCUACCUGUUGCAGCACUGAAAAUCGAUGAAUUCAGAUCGCUUUAUCCUGACUGGGAUCGCUUUAACAAAAUCCAAACACAAACAUUUAAAUCACUUUUUGAUACAGAUGACAAUGUUUUUGUUGGAGCGUCCACAGGAAGCGGCAAGACUGUUUGCGCAGAGUUUGCGUUACUCCAUCACUGGAAGAAGGCCGACUCGGGACGUGCUGUCUAUAUCGCUCCGUUCCAAGAACUUGUUGAUCUUCGACAUCUAGAUUGGCAAAAGCGUUUUUCGACGCUUCUCGGAGGCAAAGAAAUCGUGAAGCUCACAGGAGAAACCACUGCCGACCUCAAACUUUUGGAGAGGGGUGAUUUAAUCCUUGCUACUCCUUCCCAAUGGGAUGUCUUAUCGCGACAAUGGCAACGGCGAAAGAACAUUCAGAAUGUUCAAUUAUUCAUCGCAGAUGAACUGCACAUGCUUGGUGGGCAGGCUGGAUUUGUUUAUGAAAUCAUUGUCUCUCGCAUGCAUUACAUCCGAUCACAAACUGAAUUACCACUGCGAAUCGUGGGCCUGGGUGUCUCACUUGCCAAUGCUCGUGACAUCGGAGAAUGGAUUGACGCGAAGAAGCAUAACAUCUACAACUUCAGCCCCCACGUCCGUUCAGUUCCUCUAGAGCUUCAUAUUCAGUCAUUCACUAUUCCCCAUUUCCCCUCUCUCAUGCUUGCUAUGGCGAAGCCAACCUACCUUGCCAUAAAUCAAAUGUCGCCAGACAAGCCUGCUCUGGUAUUCGUUCCUAGUAGAAAGCAGGCUCGUGCUACUACCCGUGAUUUACUCCUUGCAUGUGUAGCUAGCGAUGACGAAGAUCGUUUCCUACACGCCGACGUCGAUGAGAUGAAGCCUUUACUAGAGCGCAUCCAAGAAGAAGCACUUGCAGAGUCUAUCUCGCACGGCAUAGGUUAUUUUCAUGAGGCUCUUAGCACGGGCGAUAAACGUAUUGUGAAACACCUUUACGAUAAUGGUGCCAUACAAGUAAUGGUUGCGUCUCGUGAUGUUUGCUGGGAACUUGAUUCCAAAGCACAUUUAGUUAUUGUGAUGGGUACGCAGUUCUAUGAAGGCAGGGAGCACCGCUAUGUUGAUUAUCCUCUUAGUGAGAUACUGCAGAUGUUCGGCAAAGCAACACGACCCAUGGAAGACAAAAUUAGUAAAGGCGUUCUGAUGGUACCAGCAGUCAAAAGAGAGUACUACAAGAAGUUCUUGAAUGAAGCUCUUCCGAUUGAGAGUCACCUCCAGGUGUACUUACAUGAUGCUUUCGUGUCUGAGAUCAGUACAAAAAUGAUCGAGUCAGCUAGUGAUGCCAUCAAUUGGACUACUUUCACGUACUUCUAUCGAAGAUUACUUGCCAAUCCUAGCUACUACAGUCUCAAAGACACAUCCCAUGAAGGUUUGAGUGCUCACCUCUCGGAGCUUGUAGAAACUACCUUGAAAGACUUGGCCGAGUUCAAGAUCAUUGAUUUGGAUGAAGAGGAUGAUUCUGUCACUCCAUUAAAUGCAGCGAUGAUUGCUGCUUAUUACAACAUUUCGUACAUAACCAUGCAGACCUUUUUGCUGUCUUUGACUGGUCGCACUAAGCUUAAGGGUAUUCUGGAAAUUGUCACUUCGGCGACCGAGUUCGAAUCCAUCCAGAUUAGGAGACACGAAGAUAGUCUACUACGUAGAAUAUAUGAUAGACUUCCUGUCAAGAUGGCACAACCAAGCUUUGAUUCGCCUCACUUCAAGGCAUUUGUACUUCUUCAAGCUCAUUUUUCCAGAAUGCAGCUACCGAUCGACCUUGCUAAAGAUCAAGAGAUUAUCCUGACGAAAGUCCUCGGUCUCUUAAGUGCUACCGUGGAUGUCUUGUCUUCGGAUGGCCACAUCAACGCCAUGAAUGCCAUGGAAAUGUCGCAAAUGGUUGUACAAGGGAUGUGGGACCGCGACAGUCCUCUGAAACAGAUUCCUCACUUCACACCUGAGGUCAUCAAAGCUGCAAAUGAAUCUGGUAUCAAGGACAUCUUCGAGUUUAUGGAUGCGAUGGACCCUUCCGAAAAUCCAGACUAUGAAGCUCUCAUUAAACGACUGGGUCUCUCGCAAACUCAAUUAGCGCAGGCUGCCCACUUUACAAAUUCUAAGUAUCCUAACAUCGAGCUUGACUUUGAAGUGGAGGAUCCGGAGGAGAUUGUAUCUGGAUCACCAGCUUACAUUAAAAUUAAGAUUUUACGAGAUGUUGACGAGGAUGAUGAUGCGGCAGAGGUGGACACGUCUGUACAUGCUCCUUUCUACCCCGCGAAGAAAAUGGAGAAUUGGUGGUUAGUUGUGGGUGAUGAAAGCUCGAAAACUUUACUUGCGAUCAAACGGGUCACAAUCGGAAAAGCGCUGAAUCUUCGGCUUGAGUUUACAGUACCUACACCAGGGGAGCAUGAUUUGAAGUUGUUCCUCAUGAGCGACAGCUAUGUGGGUGUCGAUCAAGAUCCCAGUUUCCAUGUCUCGGUGGCAGAAGGAAUGGACGAAGAUGAUGAAGAAGACGAAGAUGAAGAAUGA